AUGGGCUCUUCCAGCAAUGUGAACCCUAUAGGGGAACCAUACAACCACGAGGAUGUCAUUUUGACCGAGGAAGAAGCUCUUAGGCUAUCCAACCCAUGGAUUGGUACAUUUAGAGUCCAACGCCCUGAAGAAUUCAAUUCGGAGGAACAAGAAAGAGCUACUUAUUCCAAUAGAAACACAAAUCCCGAGGAACCAAUUCCUUCCACCUUCGAAGAAUUCCAGGCUGCCGGGUCACUUCGCCAGACUUGGAUUGAAGAUCCUUCAGUGCCAUGCCCUAUUCUUCGUUCUAAUCUGACAGUCCAGGAUCUGUAUGAUCAAGGUUGGUCCAUUCAGGAUCGGGAACCCGACUUGAAUUGGUUCGACGUUGACGAGAUUCGAGGCCUUGACAUCCCUCAAGAUCACUCAGACCCAACUGGUAGAUUGGAACACUUCAAUUACGCCUAUGAGGAGUGGGGUGGACCCGGUGCCGAGUGGACCGGCUACACUGGCCCAGGCCUUAUGUUCAUUACCGACAUUGAACGAGCCCCGGAUUCCGCCUCUCCAUCCAUUGCUGAGAUUACCAAGGUUGUAUACGAAAGAACAUUUGACAUUAACGGUCUCAAGCAUGUCUUUUACCAGAAUAUCGUUCACAAGCAGACUCGUGCCUUCAUCACCCAGUUCCUGUACACGACUGAGCGUCUCGGGUAUACAUGGAUCGAACGCCCCGGCGACCACCGCACUUGGGAAAGGGGUACUGCAGAGUACCAGGCUCUUCUGGGAACUCGAAUGGGGAAAAUUGUCGCGUACCUGGUUCUUGCAUCAUACCCGCGUGGUACUCGAAGCAUUGCCAGGGUCGUGACCUAUCGUAUUGAUAACUCCGCGUCGAUCAACAUGCGGUUUGAUAUUGAAAGUGUCGAGGUUCAGAGCGAUCAGGGUCUUCGACGUUCUACACGGCAACGUAACUGUUUGAGAUGUUUCCGGGGUGGAUGCGGCGGCUGCUACGUUUUGUAA